AGAGAGGUGAUUAUGUAACAAGUACUUUUCUCGUCAAACCGAUAGUUAAUCUUGCCAUAUGUAUACCGUUCAACGAUAUAAACAUGUUCAGAACUCUCUCCCAAAGGUGUAUUAAAUAUCGCAAACGUACAUGACUUUGAAAAUUGAAUAAAUUCUUGUUUGCGAUUAUUUCCGUGAUAUACCUGUGCUGGAGAUUGUAUAUGUGAGGAGUUUGUGUAACAAAUAGGGGAGGAUUUUUCGGAUGGUGAAUUUCAUCGGAUAUCCAUACUGGCGUUCAUCCAUGUCUAUUGUUGCGCAACAUGCGAGCUGUGUUGUAUUUAACUGGCGGGUGUAAUUGAUUUCAGGUGAGACACCUGCGCGCUCCGUCCGCCCAGGUUUCGGAUAUCGAUCCCCCUUUAUGAGCAGCUCGUAUCACGGGAACUUCACUAAAUUAAGCUCGUUUUAUUUGUCUAUCCCAUUACGCCUCAUAUUUAUACUCAGUCUUCACUGACCAAUAACAAACUCUAUGUUUAUCUCAUGUAUAGCAAUAGACUUUAAUUUUCUUUCUUAAGGGCCAGUGAAAUGUGUAUUUUGAUUGACACAAACUAAGAUAAUAGAAUUCUCAAUCACGGACAGUUAAACAAUAGAUCUGUGUUAUGGAAUAUUAACUACCGCUUCACUCCUCCCGGCUAUUGGAAUGAAACAUUCGAAAUAUUUCAAAAGGUGCGUUAAGCCUCUUCGAUUCUGCGCCAUCGGAUCUUUUUUUGAUAAUCAAUAACUUUACGCUUUUUGUCUUGUUCCGUAAUCAAAGCCAAACAAAGCACUGGGCUGGCUGCUUCUGUGAGGGUCGGGAGACGGUGAACACAGACGCAGGGUAGCGGCGCCAGGAAUCUGCUGGUCAGUGUUUGGUCGAGCAAACGACGAGCGCUCCCGUCUUACAGGGAUUGCUUCUUUUACUUAUUUAGUGGAAAUACCCGGACAAUGGACGGAACAAACAGGGAUUUUGUUGACAGGAAUCGCCAAAGGAUUUCGCACCCUCUCGUUUGUUUUCAUCUACCUGUUUAAAUGGAGCGUACGCAUCCAAUUUCAACGGGGCAUUUGUGCGUGGCAAAUACAAAUGUUUUAUUGUGACCAGAUUUGUAAAGUAAAUUUGGCUUUUAUACACCGUCAUAUGUCAUUGGAAUUCCUAAUGGGUGGAUUGGUUCAUUCAUUUUAUAAAUAUCGAAUUAUUCGUACAAAAUAUCAGUAUUGUUCAUUAAGAAUGACAAGGUGCUUAGUGCAUACAUGAGUGGCGGAUCUAACAAUGACGAAAACGCUCUUAAUUAAAAGGAAUUUUGUUAAUUGAAAUGGAUUAAGAUGCCAAGUCUGAUUAAAAAGCUGUCAGGGAGGGUACCGUCUUUGCCUCGCAUCCCUGAGCCCAGCGAUUCCAGUGAGGAUGACCCCAUUCUCCAGAGGUUGGGCCCGGACAGAAACAGAAUCGCUUGGUCCGGAGAAAAUACCUGUAGUGUCAUCCCUAAUGCUCAGAAUGGACCAACGGAGCCUGUUCAUAAUGAAGGUUCGCAAUCUACAGCCCGGGGCAUUUUGCGGAACCCAGCGGGCAGGGGCCAGGGUGGUGCAGCUGCUAGCGCUGGAGCCCUUUCUGGUCCUAGUCCAAAGACGCCGGUGUCCACUAGACCGCGUUACAAUAGAACACCGGUUCGAAUGACUGUGGCAGGGGACUGGGCCUUAAAAGAAUGUGAGACACUAACAACUUGGGUGAAUAAAGUCCUCAAGGACACCGAUGCAGAAUCUGUGGUGGAUCUUAGAAAAUGUGUAGGGGAUGGAGUGACACUAGUGAAAUUAGCUGAAAAAACUUGUGGAAAAUUCCCGAAGGAAGUAGACACCGACAUAAACUCACGGCAGGACCGAAUCAAGAACUUACAAGUCUGUCUAAGUCAUCUCAAGUCAGCAGGAGUCGAUCUUACAGCAAUUGAUGCUGAAGAUAUUGCAGAUGGGAAUUUAAAGUCCACUCUUCUCCUCAUUGGGAAUAUCAAGAGAAACGUGGAGGCAGAAAGUGACACAAAAACGAAGAAGAGCGCUGCAUUUAAGGGAAGUAACAAUGUAGCUACCUUUAAAAUGCCAGGGGCAGUAACUCUUCCUGGUGGCAUGAGGGAACCCCCUCUAGGAGUCAAUGAUUAUCCCUCUACUCCCCAGAGGAGGGUUUCAACUCAUACCUCAGAGGACCUGAUUCCAGGGAUCCUGAGGAAAGAGGAGACAGUUCCUCGCCCUCAGUCUGUUCCUCCUCAGCCAAUGAUUUCAAUGACAGAGCUGAAUUCUGGUGGAGCUUUCCAGCGUGGGGUGGAGGAGAGGAGACAGUUGUACUCCCACAACAAUUACAGUACUCAGUUGCCCAGGGCAGGGGGUGGGACUAGACCCCCAACAGCAGUUAAACCCAGCAUGCCCCCCGCCAACAAACCAAUGUCCAAUGCUUGGUCCACAGAGUCCCAGAAACCUCAGCCAGGACCAAUGGGUGCUCACUCCGUGGAGGAACGAUUGAGGUCGUUGAUUUCUAGUCCCGCCUCUGAGCGGGAGAACCUUGCUUCCAGGAGUUUCGAUGAUGGUGAAUUGAUCGUACCAUUUCCUCCACAACCUCGUAAUGGUGCAACAGGGGGAGAUAACUCUACUCACCAGCGAUAUCCGUCCAUACCUGUACAUUCUCAGUCCAACUCAUACAUUCCGUCCAGACCAAAUGAUAGGGCACAGCAUGGUUCUAGAGCAGAGGCAAUACUCAAUCAACCGAGCGCAUCAUCAAAUUAUCACGAAUCAUCGCGGGUCCAAUCACCAUACAAGCCUAGCCAAGUUCACAACACAUCCUAUCAAGACCUGCCUUUAUCUCAUGGUGGAAGCAUCUACCCCAGUGCCAUUCCCUCAGGGCAAUUAAAUCAGGGGUAUAGUGACAAAUCUCGGAGUAAGGUCUCUACCCCUAGUGUUGACCCUGAGGACUGGAGUCCAAGAAGAGGGCAUGAUAAUCUUGGAUUUAGCCAAGACACUUCUUCACCAGUGAGAGAAGCUAGAGGACUGAACAGAGAGGAUGAAGCCUCUUCUAAAGGUCCUGGAGCUGAUGGAAUGAGAAAUGCCUGGAACAAACUCUUUGGAGGGAGGACCUCAGUUCAAGUAGAUUCAAGGCCACAACAUUCCCAGCAUCCCAAGAAUUUAAAUAACUACUUGGAUAUGACGGGUAAGGACUCCAGAAAUCACAUGACUCCUCCAACAACACAGAGAACAAGUCCAUUAGGACAAAGUAUUCAAGGUCAUGGGUCAAGCCCGAGUCAGCUCAGCUCAUCACCGCAUUCUCCGAGUAGUGUCUCAUAUACAGGACUAAAUAAACCCUCCACAGAAAACCUGUCCGGUUCCCAACACACAAUAGGACCUUCAUCAAAGUAUCCAGACUAUUCAGGAAGGCCAGUGGCAAGCAAGGAAUCUGAGGAAAAGCGCAAUGAUGUUUUUAGAGAUCCCAGAGGGCUUCCUCCAAAGCCUUUUCCUCGGGCUAACAGUGACAGCACUCUUCAUGAGCCUGAGGCUAGUAUUUUCGAUUAUCGGAAUUCAUUCAGUGAGGCUUCUUCCCGUUCUGUGACUCCUCCCCUUCCGCCAUUAUCAAAUACUGACUCUGAUUCCUCAGAGGGUGGCCCACCUCUUCCUCGUGCCUCAAACUCUGCGACUCUUUCCUCCCAAAAAACUCCUGAUGUUGUGAACUCCACUACAAGGGUUUCUAGCGGGGACAAGAAAAAACGGACUUAUCCUUCUCAACUCCCUAGCAGGAAUGACAAGAAACAUUCAUUCAAGUCAUCUUCUCAUUCGAAAUUUUCGCACUCCCAAAUGAAUGAGAGGAUGCAGGAUUCAGGGGUUUUGAGUGAUGUCAGGGAGAUGGGAACUGACAGUGAUCUUCCAUUUGAUAUUGAGGAUACCAUUUUGACUGUAGAUUCCAUUGAUACAGAAAUGCAGACAAUUCAUGAUGGAAUUCAGAAGAUGCACCUCAGAGGUAAUGAACAUUUUGGUGGAAUGAAAGAGAGACUUGACAAUCUUGAGGGACUAUAUUCGGAGGUUGUUCGUGUACUGGGAACUAAUCCUCCCAGUAUGAGGAGGAGAUGGAGUCUUGCUAGCUCAGACACAAGCUCACUCCAAAGACCAGUCAGGAAGUUCAAAUCACAGUCCGGAAAUCCCAACUCACACAGUAGGAGCCAUCAUCACCAUCACCACAAAGACAUCAAAGCCAUAAAUCGCCGUUUCCAGCGAUUGGAAUCCCAUGUAGUUACACUAGCUAGAAGUGUAGCCCAUUUGUCAUCCGAAUUACGAUCCCAUAAUUCCAUGGUCAGUGAGUUGGAGUCUUUACGCAAAGAAGUUCGAGAGAUGAAAGAGCAACAGUUCAUAUUGUCCCACCAGUCUGGUCCACAGGGUUACAACUCUCUAGAACACAACAAGGGGUGGGGGCCCUCCCUGACUAACCCCAAGAGGAUUAAUAAACUCACUCAGUUUUUUGGACAAGAGCCUCCACUUAUGGAAUGGUUUUUGAAGAAUUUAGGCUAUGAGAAAUUUGCUUGUAACUUCAAUGCUGAACACAUAGGAAUGCUAGAGCUACCUUAUAUGACAGAGGAAAGGCUCGAGAAGAUUGGAAUUCCCAUGGGACCAAGACUAAGAAUUCUACAGGAAGCCCAGAACUGUUUCCAGCAUGAAAACCUCAAUAUAUACAUUGUCUAAGACAUAUUGCUAACAAUUCUGUUGUAAAGUAUUGAAUCUAAUGGGUUAUGGCUCAGAUAUGAUAUUUUUUUUAUAAAGAUAUACAGUAAACUUUUUAUUUUUACACAUUCAUGUAUGUUGGUUAUGCAAAAAGAAAAAGAACAGUAUAUUGCCGGAGUUUUAUAAACCAGUAUAUUAUGCUAAUAUGUAAUAAUAUUCAACAGAAUGAAAAUACACUUAUACAUGGACUGGUGAAAUAUAUUAUUUUUUAUAUUAAGAUAUGGACUAUAAACAGUUUUAAUUUUACCUAGCCUAAUAGAGUUUGUACUAACAGAUUUGGUGUAUAUAAUCAGGGAGGGGUUUGGCAAUAUAUAACUAUGAUAGUGCUAUUACAAGAACCUUUUGAAUGUGUGAAGGUUUUACAUACAUUGUAUGCUAUUUAUGAUUGCAUGUGUUCAUUAUCCACUGAAAGCAAUAGUCUGUUUUUUGUCUGUAGUGUACCCAGCCAUCCAGUUGUUAUUUAUAUUAUGUGUAUUUGUUCUGUGAUAAAUAAAAUGAUCCUUCCUAAAUUUA